UUUAAACCAUCUUAAUUGUUUGAUAUUUUAAAGAGAGAGAGAUAAAUGUGAGAAUUCCAGGAUGAUAAUGGUUUAUAUAUGUGUUUGUGUGUGUGCGCGUGCGUGUGUAUAUAUAUAUGAAUAGAUGUGUGGGUAAAAAAGAAGGACUAAUAAGGAGUAGGGCAAGGACUGAAGAGGGAAGAGUAGCAAAUAGCAAGAUAUAUGGAGGAAGAAUUCAGCCCACUAGCCGUCACUCAUCUCCUUCAGCACACCUUGAGAAGCCUCUGCAUUCACCAAAACUCCCAAUGGGUUUAUGCAGUCUUCUGGAGGAUCUUGCCCAGAAAUUACCCACCUCCAAAUUGGGAUAACCAAGGAGCUUAUGACAGGUCAAGAGGAAACAGGAGGAAUUGGAUAUUGGUUUGGGAAGAUGGGUUUUGCAAUUUUGCUGCCUCAGCGGCGAAGACAACAAGUGGAGAGUGUGGUGGUGGUUCCUCGGGUGAAUAUCAGCACUGCAAUGGACUCCAACCGGAGCUCUUCUUCAAAAUGUCCCAUGAAAUCUAUAACUAUGGUGAAGGUGUGAUUGGGAAAGUGGCUGCAGAUCGAGGUCACAAAUGGAUAUACAAAGACCCAACUGAUAAGGAGGCCAAGUUCUUGGGUUCCUGGCAAAACUCAGCUGACUCAUAUCCGAGGACAUGGGAGGCCCAGUUCCAAUCUGGAAUUAAGACUAUAGCCUUGAUUGCAGGAAGAGAAGGUGUUGUUCAGCUGGGUGCUGUUCACAAGGUGAUGGAGGAUCUGAGUUACGUUGUGUUACUGAGGAAGAAGUUCAACUACAUUGAAAGCAUCCCAGGAGUGCUACUGCCACACCCAUCAGCAGCAGCAGCAGCAUUUCCCUUCAAUGUAGAUGGGCUAAGUGCACCAGAAGCAUGGCAUCUCCUACCCAAUCUUCCACCUCCACCUUCAGAAUUCCCACCUGCAGCGGGCUACUUCAUCAAUAUCAACCAGCAGCCCAUGAGAAUAACUCCUUCCAUUAGCAGCCUUGAAGCCCUCCUCUCCAAACUCCCGUCGGUCGUCCCCGCGCCGGCCCCGGCCGACUGUAGUGAGGCUGAUCAGCCGCGGUUGGGAAUGGAGGAGGUGGCAAAGGAGGAGAUUGAUGAGGACCACCACCACAACUACAAGCAAGAGAAGCAUGUGGGUGAGAGUAGCAGUUCCAUGUCAUGCCCCCAUCUCCAUCAACAACAGUGGCUCUUGAAGGGUGAUUACUAGCUAGGCUUCAUUCAAUCACUCAACUCAUUUCUGUCUUAACAUUGUGGGUUUUAGUGAAUCGAUCUCAGUGGCUAUUGCUUCUUCUCUCCUUCCCCAGACUGGUAAUUGUUGCGAAUUCCAAAUGGUAAGAGUUGCGGGCUCUAUCAAUUAAUUAAAAAAUAAAGCAGCAAAAAAGCACAGUAACAACCCAGAGAAAGGAAAAUCAGAAUGGGGUAGAAAGCUAGGGCUGGCUCAUGGCACUGGGCAUUGGCAUGGUGAUAUACCCUACCUACCAUUUGGUUUUAACAGUCUAAACAUAUAGUCAUUGUUUGUACAAUCGAAUCUACCACCGUAAAUUUAGAGGCUAGUACACUGCCACAGGCUGUUAACUCACACUAUUUAUGCCGAAAUUAUGCAGACCCAGAAGUGGGCUUUUGGGAGAGCGUGCCCUAAUUCAAGAAGUCUGUUCGGGCGUGGCCCAUGG